UUUCUGAAAGUGCUAUUCAUUCAAAAUGCUGCAACUUUUACUUUUGUGUUUUGUGUUUGGAUUUUCUGGGGCCUCAACACCUGAUUUUAUUGAUCCUUGUUCAUUAGAAGAUUCUAGUUGUCUAUCGGCAUCUGCUACUAAAACCUUGCAUAAUUUAUUAAAUGGCAAAAAGGAGUAUAAUGUACCAAAACUUAAUCCGGUUAAUUUGCCCCUUGUAGAGCUGCAAGGACCUGGAUUGUCAUUGUCUCUGAAAAACAUUGAUGUUUAUGGAUUGCCCGAUGCUAAAAUUACCUCUGUUAAGUUUAACACCAAGGAAAAAACAGGAGAAGUCGUUCUGCAUGUACCUAAUGCACAAAUUAUUGGGGAGUAUCACUUAAAGGGCAAAAUUUCAGUGCUAACUCUCGAUGGUCAAGGAAAGGGAAAUAUCACAGCGUUGGGCGGUGAUUAUACUUGGAUAAUCUCCUAUGAUUAUGAAACGAAAAACGGAAAGGAAUACUUGAAAGUCACUAAGGAUGAUACCAAAUAUGACUUAAAAAAAGUUUUAUUUAAAUUUGAUGACCUGUUUAAAGGAGACAAAGCACUAAGUGAUAGCACAAACGACGUGCUUAAUCAAGAAUGGAGGGCUGUGAUAGAUGAGUUGGGAGUUGGAAUUGCGAAAACACUUGGAAGUGUUUAUAAAUUAGUAGCAACUGGAUUAUUCUCGAAGAUUCCUCUUAAUGAAAUAACAAAAUCAUAAAGUGUAAAUACUUAAUAUUGUAAUAUUUAAAUACAAAUUUUAAUUAUUUGUUAA